AGUGUGGCCCCAGAAGUGCCACCUGUCAGUGCCCAUCAGUGCCAUGUGCCAGUGCCCAUCAGUGCCACAUCAAUUUCACAUAUCAGUGCAUACCAGUGCACAUCAAUGCCACAUAUCAGUGCCCAUCUCAGCUGCCUUUCAAUGUCACCCAUCAGUGCCAGUCAGUGCCACCUAUCAAUGCCAAUCAGUGCCACCUAUCAGUGCCAUGCCCAUCAGUGCCACCUAUCAGUGUCCAUCAGUGCAGCCUAUCAGUGCCCAUCACUGCAGCCUCAUUAGCGCACAUCAGUGAAGGCGAAAAAUCACUUAUUUACAAAAUUGUAUAA